CGCAGCGCCUGUUCUCGGAAGGCGGGUCCGCGGCGGCAAACGGAGGCUGGAGGAAAUAGCGAGAAGGGUCGUCCUCCUCCUCGCAGCCGGGGCGUGCAGGCCUUCCAUUGCACGCUAUGUUUGCCGACUUGCGUGAUUAACGUGCGCGUUAGGGGGAAAGUAUCGUAGGAAGAGAGAGCAGUGUCUCCGCAGAUCACCUCAAAGUAGAAUCAACCUUACAAACAAAGUGUGAUCAAAAAUAAUAUUGGAAACUGCGCCUGUGCUGCUCCUAGGUUAUGUUUUGCAAUUUUGAUUUUACAUUCAUGAGAAGUUUUUACGAUGCUUGGGAAGAACUCGAGAUGGAGCGAACAGACUUUGUCUUGUUCUGAAAUAACAACACUACCAUUUUUCUUUCUAGCAGGCAGGGCUCUCGGUUAGUACCUUUUGCAGGAAGGGAGGAGCUGCAAAGGAGACGAAGGUGGGACCUGGAGACUGGAAAGGAGACGAAGGUGGGACCUGAAACAGGAUUCCGGCAGUGAGGCUCCCUGGCCUCGGUUCCAGGAGGAGCCUUGGAGAAUAUCCUGGGCAUUGCAGGAGGCUUGCCCUCCUACAGCCUCGAUUGAGGUGCGUAGCAACUGGCGAUGGAGAAAUUCAUUGUCCGGGGGCCUCUUAAGACCACAGCAACAAAGAACAAGAGGAAGUCCCCUGGACCAGAGCGGGAGGAGGCUGACUCUGGUGCAGAAGGCAGUGGAAGAAGCAAGAAGAGGCCCAAGUUGGAUGCAUCCCACCAAAGCAAGACUCCCUUGGUUGGUGCUUCAUGGAAACACAUCCGGGCAGAAGGGCUAAACUGCGAUUAUAGGAUCCUUUUCAACAAAGCAGAGGCUGACAGGAUCUUCCAGGAGCUUGAAAAGGAAGUGGAAUAUUUUGAAGCAGGAGAGUUCACUAAACUCCACAUAUUUGGAAAGUGGCACAACAUCCCAAGGAAACAAGUGACCUACGGGGAUGCUGGCUUGACGUACACAUACUCAGGUGUCACUUUCUCACCCAAGCCAUGGAUUCCAGUUCUGGGUCACAUAAGAGACCAAAUCCAGCUAACCACCGGGGACACCUUCAAUUUUGUUCUCAUUAACAGAGGGCAGUGCAGGAGGAGCUUGACAUCCUACUGCAAUUCUACAGGAGCUGCCCUUGACUACGUUUGCCAACUGCUGCUCUCCAGAUGUUUUUGGACUACAAUUCCCACCAGCCACUGCCAGCAGAGUUACAUGAUACUGAGUUUAUGGGAACAAAAGGACAUGCAUUUUUGCAUUUAACAUUUACAUUCAAAUAUCAGUCAUAAUCAUAAAAAAAUAGGAUUCUCUGAGUCCUUGGGCUUCCUGCCACCCUUCCAUGGGUUCCAUUAUUAAUCUUUUCCCACCUGCAUCCUAUAAAGUUCUCUAUUUAUCUUUAAUAUUCAAUUUAUACCAUUGUUCAUGUUACAUCGGAAAACAACAGCUGGGCAGAGCUGAGUGGGGAACAGCUAGGAGAAGGGGGAGAGAGAGAGAGAGAGAGAGAGAGAGAGAACGGACUCCCCUUUGCUGCAGAGUGUCCAGUUUUUAUCUCCAAGGGCAAGGAGAGCUGAUAAGGUUGCUAUGCAGAAGGCUCAAUGGUUGUGAGAUGCCGGGGUGGGGGGAGUAGGAGGGAAGCUUAAUUGGGAGCACCUUUAUCUCGGGAAUGGAUGCUUUGUUCUUCUCCUGUGAUCAUUAAAGACCCUUUAAAUGGUAA